GGCGGGUCUGCGACCGCGUGGCGUCUCGCGAGAUCUGCCCGCUCCGCCUACGGUGUUCGGAGCCGGAGGUGGCGGUUCGAAAUGGGCCUGUUUGUAGAAGAUGCAGUGCACUAGAUGUGGUGCUUGGAACAGAAUUAGUCAUGGCAUCAGAACUGUGUAAAACAAUCUCAGAGGCAAAGCUGGAAAAGCACAAGAAUUUGUUCCUAAAUUACAGGAAUCUCCAUCAUUUUCCUUUGGAGUUACUGAAAGAUGAGGGGCUGCAGUACUUGGAGAGACUUUAUAUGAAAAGAAAUUCUCUGACCACAUUGCCAGAAAACCUUGCACAGAAGCUUCCAAACCUCGUGGAAUUGUACCUUCAUUCAAAUAACAUAGUUGUUGUACCUGAAGCCAUUGGCUCCCUCGUUAAACUGCAGUUUCUGGACCUAAGUGAUAAUGCCCUUGAAAUUGUGUGUCCAGAGAUCGGUCGCCUGAGAUCUUUGCGUCAUCUUCGUUUGGCUAACAACCAGCUGAAAUAUUUACCUGCAGAGGUUGGAGAUCUGAGGGAGCUGCAAACACUGGAUAUUUCAACCAAUCGCUUGAUAACCUUACCUGAAAGGCUGCAUAUGUGCCUCUCACUGCAGUACUUGACUGCAGACCGGAACCACCUGUGGUAUGUUCCCCGCCAUCUGUGCCAGCUUCCAAGCCUCAAUGAGCUCUCCAUGGCUGGGAACCGCCUUGCAUUUCUGCCUCUUGAUUUAGGUCGUUCGCGGGAGCUACAAUAUGUUUAUGUGGAUAACAACAUUCAUCUCAAAGGCCUUCCAUCUUUUCUGUAUAAUAAAGUCAUUGGUUGCAGCGGCUGUGGUUCUCCAAUUCAAGUUUCAGAGGUGAAACUGCUCUCUUUUUCAUCGGGACAGUUAACUGUGUUCCUGCCAGCAGAGGUGAAAUCUAUAGGGACAGAAACAGAUCAUGUGCUGCCUUUGCAAGAAUUGGCUAUGAGGACCCUCUAUAACACUUACUACGUGUAUUUAAAAGAUUUGAAUUUUCUUACUCCAAUCUCACUACCAAAAAGCCUCUUGGAAUUGUUGCACUGUCCCUUGGGACACUGUCACCGAUGUAGCCAGCCCAUGUUUACCAUUGUCUACCCAAAGCUCUUUCCCUUAAGGGAAACUCCAAUGGCAGGAUUGCAUCAAGGGAGGACAACUGUUAGUUUUGUGGCAUACUGCUGCUCCACCCAGUGUCUGCAGACUUUUGACCUACUGAGUUGAUAAACAUUUUAAACUACUCAGGAGUGCUGCCAGUUUAAAGCUGCGUUAGACGUCGUAUCCCGUUGGUACUGGAAUACAGUGUGUGUGCCAAAGCAGCAGAAGUGCCCGGUCGGGAACAUUAAGAGGCACUUAAAUCCUGCCCUAUCAAAUUUGGAUGAAGUGCAGAAACUUUUUCGGAAGUGUAAAUACCAAGUUUUUAAGAGCAUUAACUUCUCUCAGCAGAGAUAGCAUACCAGACAAAUUUUUGAGUUCUAAGUCCCUAGAUUUGCAGUGUUUUUCAAACUGCUUUCGGUGGAUCCACUGUGUCUUCUGGGGCAGUUUUCAUGCCUCUAACAGUGUCCAGCCGAUCUAUAAUUUAAAAACUAUAUGCCUGAAUGGUUUUUGUUUAUUGUUCCCAUCUUUUACAUUCUACAGUUGUAUCCAGGUGUGUAAAUCUAAGACUGUACGUGCUUUUGAAGGAACCCUGUGACUUUCACAUAGAACUUGGUUUUAUUUUUUCUCUCUCAUCUCAAUAUUUUACCCCACAGAGUUAUCCAAGUUUUAUACUAAAUCUUUAACAGGCAACCAUGCUAUUUAAAUCCAUGUAUUUAAAGCAGAUCUUUGCUUCUGGUAUUACUGUGAGCCACACUUGCUCCACUGGAGGAGCUAGGGUAUGUCUGGAGACUGAAGGUGCUGUUUGAGUAACAAAGGCCUAUGCUGAUAUCUGCAGCAAGUGGUGUUGCUCUGGUGUUUGGUGACGUUGUCUUUAUUUUCAUCACUUCUAUGCUGUAUUUUUAAUAAAAACAGUUUCCCUUUUGC